AUGGCCCUCGUAUCUCCUACGAACCUUCUAUCCCUUCAUCACGCGUCCGGCGACCAGACUACGGCGCUCAAUAACUGUCCAUCCAGGCGAUACCGUUAUGCCAACGAGACAAACGGCGAACAGCCGCUGAAGAUACCAGACCCGAUGCUCUUUCUUAGUCCAUCGACAGAUCAUCGGCCGAAGGUGCUACCGACAAUCAGCCACUGUGCUAUCCACCUCGAAAUGCUAGAGGUGUUCCACACUCUACGCCACGAAGUAAUCCAGUCCACGAACCUGGAUGCUGCGUUCGACAUCGGUCCCAGAGCCACCACGAAAUCCCGACGGAAGUGGGAUUCUAGAACGCGGAAAUAUAUAGCGGAAGCGGUGUUAAUACAGGACCCCAAUAUCGGAGAUAAACGAAAAAUGAAGUGGACGUACUUCCUGCACAUUGCAGCGACUCGAUUUCAUGAGUGGAUACGGAGGGUUGCGAAUCACUUGAAAGAUGCGCAACUUGGAGCGCCUCUUCCACGUUAUCUGUUUCUUCCGCCCCUUGAUGUGCUGGUAAUAUGGCACGCUUUUUUGUUAAAUUGCGAUGACUUCAAGGCGUACUGCGAGAAGAACAAGCUUUUCGGCAUCCAGGAUAUCGUGUUUCCGUGGGCAGACAUCCACGCCGCCAUCGACCCAGAUACAUGGAAAUACACUCUGCCAAGUGAGCACAGUGACUGGCUCCUCAACACCCACGGUCUAGAUUCGAACCUGGUCGAAACACUAGCCCACAGCGGCAAAAAAGACACUCUAAUCCAAAACGUCCUGCAUGCAUUCUACGAACCCCAAAAGCGCUCCAAGCAGCACAGCACCUCCCGCCUAUCCCAGACCCUUCGAAAAGCGCGCCAAACACAAGAACUGAACAAACCACUCGUUGAGAACGUAGAGCGCCAAUGCGUCUUCGUCGACAAAAUGCACGCGCACCGCUGGAUCCGCAGCCCAGCUGUCGCGGGCACGCUCCGCAGAGCCGUGGACCGGUACGGCAAAUUCCUGCACCUCUUCCGUCUACACCCGGAUCAAUUCCUUGUUCCAACGCUCGAUGUCGAUCUCGUCUGGCAUACGCACCAAUGCAGCGCAGGCAGAUACAGGACGUUCGUGACGGAGCGUGUCGGCCGGUUUAUUAACCACGAAGACAAAAUCGGUCGCGGGACGCUGGACGAUGGGUUCACGAAUGCGGAGCAGUGGUAUCGACUAAGGUAUGGAGAGCAGUACCAGGUGUGUCUGUGUUGGUCGUGCGAGGCGAUUCUGGAGGAGGUGGAGGAGCUUGAUGAUGAUGAGUUCGGUGAACUUGAUCCGCAACUUGGGGAUUUGGCGAGUAGAGUUGAGCGCAGGGUGCAUUACUAUCGCGAGGUGGAGGUUGCGAGGACGCUUGGGAGGGAGAUGCCGCUUUGGGGUCAUGGCUAG